AUGCCUGCCACCCCCACAAACACAAACCCCCCGGCGGCGCUGCUGUCGGCCAUGCUCGACGUCACGGAGCAGCGGGUCGUGCCGCUCACGCGCGCCGGCGUCUCCACGGGCAGCAAGCUGUUCGGCGCGGCCGUGCUCCUGCGCGACGGUCUCUCGCCCCUGACCGUGGCCACCAACGACGAGCGCGUCUCGCCCCUGCUGCACGGCGAGAUCAACUGCAUCCAGCAGUUCUUCUCCGAUCCGUGGCCGCCCGGACAGCAGCAGCAGCAGCGGCCCGCGACGGCCGACUGCGUCUUCUUCGCGACCCACGAGCCGUGCUCGCUCUGCCUGAGCGGCAUCACCUGGAGCGGUUUCAACGAACUCUACUACCUCUUCACCUACGAGGACAGCCGCGACCUGUUCGGCAUUCCCCAUGACAUCGACAUCCUGCGCGAGGUAUUCAGGGUCCCCGCCCCCGCUGACACGCCCGAGUCCCUGGCCGCCCGCCCUCUGUACAACAAGACGAAUAAGUUUUUCAGAGCCAGAAGUCUGUCGGAUCUUGUCUCCGAGAUUGGGGAGGAGGAUGAGAGAAGUGUGUGGAGAGAGAGGAUCGAACGGGUGAAGGCCGUGUACGGCGCCUUGAGCGAUACCUACCAGGCUGACAAGCAGGCAGGGACAGACAGUGCCAGUGUGUGGAAGUGA